AUGCGACCUCUUUCGAAGACUCGGAUAGCUUUUGGCUUUCAUUCAAAAGCAAACGACGCCAAUAACCAGUUGACGGUCCAUUCUGAAGCCAUAACCAUAAUCCCAGGAGACUUUAAACAGAAACCUCCACCAUUGUUGAACUUGACUUGUAUUCGUUACGCCAAGGGCCUUACAUGUACCAGUUACGGAUACAAUAGAGAAGCAACAACAACAAUAACAACAGUAGAUUCUGAACAUGAUGUCCAGUUCAACGAGAUCCGUGAGGGAAGCGAAAACGAAAACAACAUGAAUUUGAGAAUUAAAAGAAUUGAUGGCAACAACAACAUGGCUUGUCCUUGCGUAUUCAAAAUAGUACUCACCAUUUCUGAGGCAUUCGCUUGGAUUAAUUCUAAAGUCAAAAGCCAGACCAAACAGCGUAUGGAUCGUUUGAGACGAGAAAAGAUCAAGGCAAUAGAAUCAAAGUACAGUCUCAAAGACAUUGGUUCUAAAAACGGCAGCAGUCGUGAACAGUUGAAGCAAAAGGAGAAGGCAGAAACGGUCGAAUGUUUAAAUGAGCUUGCAAGACGGAGGAGUGAGAUUCGUCAGGAAGUAGAGGAGACGUUUCUGAAAGAGAUCAACAUGGAUAGAGCAAUUUAUGAGGAAUGGAGGAGUAUUCGUGCUUUGAGAAAUGAAAUGGUUCAUCCUCGUACUAGUCCUGAAGAUGUGAAGAAAAGGCUUCACUUUUGGGUUGAUCUCAAGACUCGUACUCAAGCCUGA